CACUUUGACACCCUCACGCCUCCAUCUCAUCAUCGAUGGCCGAGCUGCCCAUCAGCAUCGAGGACCCAUAUAAACACCACGCAUCGCACUAGGCUCGCGAGUCUGUCCUCCGGUCACGGCUGUGCGGCUCUAGGCACGAGUCGUGAGAUCCUAGCAUGAGCGUACUGGGAUAAGGUCCAGGGGCGCUUCGUGCGCGACGAGCCCUGAAUCUCAGUUUGAUGUAUUUCAAAGCCAGUGCCUACAGCGCAUGCAUCAGCCAUUAUGUGGUCAGGUAUUCCUGCUCUACUAGGGGAAGCCCUCGCCAGCUUGCCCGGAUUACCGAUUGCGGGCGCCUGGAGCAUUUCCUCUGCCCUUCAACGCCGUCUACUCUCCUACUUGGUACGGCGCACGCUUGGUCACCUCCUUAAGCCUGGUUCAUUGGAUGGCGCGCAGAUUGAUGCUGGUAUUGGGUCCGGAAAGUUAGAGAUAGCUCACCUUGAGCUGGACAAGCAUGCUGUAAACGAGCUGCUUGAGCCGCUGCCAGUGCGUCUGGCGUCUGCCACUUUGGGGCUCGUGGCGCUUCAGCUUCCGGCUCUGAGCAAUUUGUGGGCCGGCGAGGUGUUGCUAAAGGUGGCAGAUGUAAAUCUCCAGCUGGAUCUUUUUCCCAGGCAAGAUGCAUAUGCGCCAGCUUCUGCCCCUUCAAUGUCAGAGAACGGCCAUUCAGAACUGGAUGCGGGUGGUCUCGAAGCCUCGAUAUUGAGCGCUGCUGAAUCGAUGCUUUCGGUCGAUCCGGAAGGAGAGCAGCUGCAGCGGGACCUGGCAAACUCUGUUCUGGAGGACAGUGCCGGUCCAUCACCUCCGGAGCCUGCAGUGUCUGCCGUCGCCGGCUCGGUGUCCUCCUCCAUGGUAGAGAAUCUGCUAUCGCGACUCAAGAUACAAGUCGCUUCCGUGCGCAUAGGGGUCCAAAAUCAACCUGAGGGGCAAGACGAGCUCAAGGAGCGAAUAUGCCUUGAAGCACGCGUAGACGCGAUUGCCUUCAGCUCUAGUGCUGGUCCGCUGAGAGCAGCGGGUACCAAAGUGGAGGAUCCGAUGGCAUUUGUCCAAGACCUGACCCGAUCUGCAGCGUUCGAGGGAGUUACCAUCUGGCUGGAUGCUAAAUCAACCUCAAGCAAUUCUGCAAGAAAAUCAUCCCCGCGCAACAGCUCCGCCUCAUCGGACUCGUCGAACGACGCACGCUCCGAAGACGGCUUCAUGGAGAUGAGCCAGGCAACGCACGAUGUUAGACACAGCAUGGGGUCAUCGACCGCAAGUGUUGGCGCUAGUAUGUACGCAAGCGCUCACGAGCAGCACGAAGUCUCCGUAGACAAAGCGCACUCUGCAUCGCCGAUGGGAACCUCCUCUACAUCAAGCCGGAUGAAGAGGACCAGAACGUUGUCCGUGGAGCUUCCUGGCCCACAAAUGAUCAUGAAGCUCGACGAUCCGCACAUCGCGGUAGAGUUUGUGUCUCCUAGAUGCGCACAGAUCGACCGAGCGGCGGCUGCGAGGGCUGGACUGCUUCCGCCAUCUGACCGCAACACCGAGGUUCUUGGAAACACGGAGCGCCUUGGUAGUCAGUCAUCUUCGCUCAGCUUGCGUUUCGGCACACUAGCCGCAUACACAAGCCCCCUGCAGCUUGCCUCUCUGUUGGUCCUGUGCAGCCAGCUGAGGGCAGCCUUCGCUGCUACACGUUCCCAAGCACAGCAGCGGCCGCCGACCAAGCCAUCAAACAGUCAAGGGCUUCAAGUGUCUGUAAAAGUACCGCACGUGCAGUGGGUUUGCGCUUACGAGUCUCCAGAUGGGUUGGGCGCUGCAGAUCGCCAAGAAUUUGCCUCGACGCUGGACAGCUAUUGGCAGAGACCUAACCGCGCACACCCGUUCAUUGGGCAUGUCCGCCUUCACAUGUCCGACGUUGCCGUUUCUCUCGCCCCCAACAAUGACGAGGCGGAGAUUGCUGUUGGGGACUUGAUGGCAAGCGAGCAUCUUUCUCCAUCUUUAUGGAGGGCUGCGCAGACUCGGGGACACAACCCUGCUUCUAUCAUUCCUUUAUUACUGGUAGACCUUGCCCUUCAGCACCAAUAUGAGGUGCCCUUAGGCAGCACAGCAGGAGGAGACGUUUCUGAGUCUGCGCCAAGCACGAUGUGGCACAACUUCUCGAUUGACACGCUCGAUUGGCGCAGCUCAGAAAGUCGUCAUGAAGAGCCGAAACAUCGCAAUCCAUACUGGCGCACGAGCUGGGGCGACCGAGCUUGGAAGUUGCGACCUGGUCGACGGAACACGCAGAGUCAAGUGACAUUUGCUAACCAGAGGAUCUCAUCGGAGACUCGACCUGCUUCUGUGCCUGCUAUACAGGCAAAGCUGUCCGGCUUAGACGUCAGGGUCAUUCUCGCACCGGUACACCUCUUUGCGGAUUUGUCACUUGCGAGUAGACUUGGGCAUCUCUUCCGCACAGUUGCCGUACACACCCAAGCCUCGAAAGGCUCGGAUGACACUACGCAAGAAGACCUUGGACUUAGCAUCGCUACUUUGCAGCCCCUAAGUCCCAGCAGCGACCGCAUUCCAGACGUAUCGAGCGACCAAAGACAACCCCAUUUCGGUCUGAAUUGCCAAAUUUUACGCGUGAGCUUACGAGUCCCAUCGGGAAACGCGGAACCGCUCGACGCUGGCAUACCGCUCCGAGCGGGCCUACUCACCUUGGACAUCCAUGACAUCAAAGCGCAAGCACCAGCGAAGCACGCAGCGAAGCACGCAGCGAGUGAUGCUGCCUUUGCGCAGAAACAUGCACAGCCGAGGGACCAGCCGGAACGAGAUUCGGGAAUGAGAACGGAGUAUCACGACUUGGCGCAAUGCACCAUCGGCCACCUCGUGACGUUCGUCAUGGCCCCGUCCGAGGCACAAGCCACGAUGCUCCUGAGCGUUGGCAGACUGGGCGACGACUGCGCCCGUGCUCAGGGAUCGACAAAGCCGGACAUUUCACAGCCAAUGCAAAUCAGUGUACAGCAGCCCAGUGCCUCAAACUCUUCCGUCAUCGACGUCGUUCUCCCGAGCAUCGAGGGUUACUUGAGCAAAGCUGUAUUUGACAGCUUGGUCCUUCUCCUGGACGAUCUGAGCCAAUGGUCCUCAAGUCUUGGCGAAAGCACUCAGUGGGACGGUCCCGAUGGCUCAAGCGCAGAUGCGCUUCGAAUUUUAGGUUCCCGCUUCUUUGGCGCUGCAGUGGGCCAGUCUGGUGCUUCUGGAAGCUCUGAAUCAGGCACGACUGCAAAUCAGCUAAGAGCACGCUCGAAAGGCUCCAAAAAGUUCGAGCUCAAAGUGGCUCAGACAUCUCUCGUCCUCAAUCUACCCGCUGAAACAGAAACAGGAAGUGCCAGGCAGCAAGCCUUGAAAGCACGCGUCUUGGACCUCUAUCUCAGUGUAGAUCCUUCCCAUGGAGCCCUCUCGACACUCUCGAAUUUGAGGGUCUCAUCGGUGGCAGUCGACCGCUUUGACGGCAUAAGUAGAAGAGCGGUACUUGCUCGCACCUUACCAGCAGAGCUCACCAAUUCGGCGACUUCCAUGAUCUCCGUCCACGUGCUAUCUCUCGCAGAGGAGGGUACUAGCUACCGAGAGUCCAAGGUAGAUGUUGUACUCCGGGAUUUUACGCUGGUCGCGUGCCCACCUACCGAUCUUGUCUUCUUGGCAGACCUUCAAAGGUUUGCGCGCUCUCCUGAGGGUGCUUUUGAGCACGUGGAGCCCAAUGAAAUGACGCGGCUUUCUGUGCGCGUGCAGGGCGCUUCCAUCCUCAUCUUGACGCAAGCUGCGCUCUCUGAGCGGCCUGAGGCGGUGGAGAUCUCCAAGACACCAUCAGCUCAUCAAGUGCCUGCAGAAGCAGCGCUCGUCCUCGGUGACGUCGUGGUCAAGACGAAGCUUUCGCCCUACGCUCCUCGGACCAACAUCAAGUAUGCCCUCGGCGACGUCAGAGCUUUGAUCACUGAAAAAAGCCUUGAGCGCCCCGGAGGAACCCUCAGACCUCAGACCCCGACCGAGCAUUGGCGCUCGCGAGGUUUUGCCAGCUUGGCCAAUCUACGUGAGCUGCGUGGGUCGGUCACACUGAGCUCUCUGACUAGACCUGAGGUUGACGUGAAGGCCGAAGUCGUGCGCUUGGACGUCACAAUGUGCGCAGACACGCUCAGUAUUGUGACGUGCAUGGUCGAAGCGCUGCACAUUGCGUCUACCGAGCCAGUGAACAAAGAAACAUCACCAGUUCAUCAUGAAGCUCAAGUUCUACGCGGGAUGGCGCGCCCAUCCGGCUCAACCACACCCGGAAGCGCUGGAUCCGAUAGCAACGACUCGCAGGAUCUUCUUGCAAGCCUCGAUGAGGACGCUUUUCAGCGCCGCGAGCAAGGGCCUUUCGUCGACUCUGCUGCAGAUCUCGUGGAUGAUGAUGUGCCGCGAAAUGCUGGUUUCUUGGGCGUUCGUGCGCGCUCACCAGAAUAUGUCGCUACCGCCUUGCAAGACGACGACUUCUUGCUGAGCGAGGCGUCUCUCGAGACUGUUGAGAGGGUGAUGUCUCCGACAUCAGGCGAUACCUCAAUACUCUUCCAGAACGAAUCUGUCACUGCACGUGCACUCGAUGCUCGAGGUAUUAGACCGGUGCUUGAUUAUUUCAAUGACCCGAAUCUGAGCCCCGAACAAGGCAUGCCACUCUUAGCUUUUGCAAGCUCUGUGCGCGUCCGCGUCGACAAUUGCGACGUAACCUUGCGUCUCUACUCUGGAUACGAUCGACCGUCGAGCGAGGCGGCCAUUGAAGCAGAAGUCAGACGCGUCCGCAAGCGACUACAAAAGAUCAAGCAGAUGCUCGAUGAAGGCCAGACUCCUGACGAUAGCGUUGAGGAUGCAGCUGGAAGCUUGUUCGAUUCGAUCUUGCUAGCACCUCCCGCGCCGCUGCAUGAGCUUGAUGCUGACGCCGCCAUGCAGACAUUGGACGACCAAGUCGACCAUCGCCUUGAGACGUCUACCGACACAAGUGCUUGGGAAGCUUUCCCAGCUGCCAAGGGAGCUGAUGGCGCCAGAUUUGGCAACAGCGCGAAGCCGCGCGGCAAGUUGAAGCGUUCUCGUCAUUCCAUGAUCGACAUUGAGGUGCGGGGCGUUGAGGCUGAAUAUGAUGCGUACGGGCAUCGAUCGCCUCUGGCUUCUCGCCUUGCCGUCAAUGCACGCAUGCUGCAGAUCUUGGAUAACAUCAAAACUUCUACCUGGAACACCUUUCUCACUAAGAUGCGGAUCAAGACUGAGGCGCAUCGAGAGCACGCAGACUCUCGUAUGCUCCGAUUGGAAGUGCGCAAUGUGAGGUCCCUGGAAGGGGGCUUCAAAGCGCCAGAACAAGAAGCGCCAAGGUCCACCAAGGAAGAGGCUAGGGUGCGAGCGAAGCUUGCUCCCUUGAGAUUACACGUGGACCAAGACGCUCUAGAUUUCUUCAAAAAGUUUUUCGCCUGGAAACCGAUUGGAGCUGAAGCAGCCCCUGCUAAUGAAUCGACUGCGUCCAGCGAGCCCUUCAUUCAGCAUGCCGAGAUCUAUCCGAUUCGUCUGAAGCUGGAUUAUAAGCCGAAGCGCGUAGACUACGGUCUUCUGCGUGCGGGCAAGACAAUCGAGAUGAUGAAUUUCUUCCACUUUGAUGGAGCAGAGAUGACCCUGCGUCAUGUCACUUUACGAGGUAUUACCGGCUGGCCUCGCUUCUUCGACACGUUGAACGACAUAUGGACGCCCGACGUCAAAGCCAAUCAGUUGGCGGACGUCUUGUCUGGAAUCGCACCGGUCCGGAGCGUCGUCAAUUUAGGAGCGGGUGUUGCAGAUCUGAUCCUAUUGCCCAUUGAGCAGUAUCAGCGCGAUGGGCGUCUCGCGCGCGGAUUGCAAAAAGGUGCUGCGAGCUUUGCCAAAACGACUGCUCUGGAAGCGCUCAAGCUAGGUUCCAAGCUCGCCACUGGAACGCAGGUCAUUCUCGAGCGGGCAGAACAGAUGCUUGGAGGUUCAACGGCGCUUCCCGAGACGGUAUUCCGAACAACGACAGUGAAUCAAGCAAAAGUGGCCCCUGCUGACAGCUUCGAGGAGGGAGAGGACGCGACAGAUGCGCUCUCCAGCUCGGUCAUCACUCUCAGUCCACCUGAAGACAAAUCGACGCCGAUCAGUCGAUACGCCGAAGCUCCCGAAGAUCUGCGGCAAGCGCUAUCGGAAGCAUACGGUGGUCUCUCGAAAGGCUUUUCUUCUGCAGCGAAAACCAUCCUGGCAAUUCCUAUGGAGGUGCACGAGCGCGAAAGCGGAUCGUCAGGCUCUAGCAAGCCAGUCAUACGAGCCGUUCCAAUUGCUAUUUUGAAAGGAGCAGCUGGCACUUCUGAAGCCCUCGGCAAGACUUUGAUGGGUUUGCAAAGAGAGGUCGAGGGCGAUUUGCAUGUUGCGGAGGAAAAGUACAAAUCGUCGAGCGCGAGAAAGGGGAAGGAGAAAAAGAGAUGAGACUAUAUGGCUGGACUCGAACUCGGCUUGCAAAGUCGAUGCUGAGAUUGUCCCACAUUGCUUCUUCUCGCCCUUGCUGAUUCGGGCCAACGGCGCCAGAAGAAGACCGACCCGCGGCGUGUCGCGCCACAAACGCCGAAUGCGCACAAUGUUAGCAUGUCUAUUGCAUUGUACACUCGAUUCCGACCGAAGCGCAAAUUCUCAUCCAUCUGUUUGUCAGGUCAGACUUCAAAUCAAGUGACCAGAUCCCUUCAAAUGUACUUUAGAACUCGCCUCGAGCAAUGUGAUCCACUCUUCGGCAAUGUGGCUCACACCUCCAGCAGCUCGUCCAUCAAUCACACGCGUCAUGUCCC